AUGAACGGCAAACUCAUGGCUGUCCUGACUCUGUGCCUGAUCUCCAUGGCUGUGUCUCAGGGUAGGACCCUGGCCAGGAUGGGAACUGAGCUCCGGUGCCAGUGCAUAGCCACUCAUUCCAAGUUCAUCCCUCCUAAGUCCAUUCAAGAUGUGAAGCUGACACAGAGCGGCCCCCACUGCAAGAAUGUUGAAGUCAUAGCUACUCUGAAGGAUGGCAGAGAGGUGUGCUUGGAGCCCACUGCUCCCUGGGUACAGAUAAUCGUAAAGGCAAUUUUGGCCAAGGCUCAACUCAACUCUGACUCGCCAGUCUAA